GCUCAGAUUACGUGUUUGUAGAUUGUAGUGUGUGCGGAGAGCGAGACGGCAAAUUUAGACUUUAAUACAAUGAUCUCUGGACCCGAUAGUCAUUGAUAGUGGUGGCCGGGAAAUCAAACUGAUAAUAUAGAUUCUUCUCUUGGCAUUCUGAAUCUUCUCUCUGGAAAUUAUUUAUGGACUUUACCUUGAAUUCAGCGGUGAAAUAGUGAUAUCAUCAGUUCAGGAUCUGCUCAAGGAAUCGUCCGACGAGGACCUACUAUGGUGUACACGACUCUGCUAAUCGCCGGAGUAGCCUAUAUCUUCCUCGCAUUGCAAGCGGUCGACGCUCAAAUCCAUAAUGUCUCGGCUGGUUCGGGAACAAUCCAAUCUCCAAACUUUCCACGCUGGUACCCUAAUCUAGAGCUGAUCGAAUGGAGGAUACAGAGUCCACCAAACACACACAUCCGGCUCCGCUUCCUACUUUUCAAAUUGGAUGAAAGUGACGACUGUGUUGCAGAUGCAUUGUUUGUUUACGACGGAAUUGGUGACAGCGGGUCACCGUUCUUAGGCCGUUUUUGUGGAAGUGGGCUUCCACCGAUGUUGGAGUCCAGUUCCUCGUUGAUGACUGUACGAUUUGUGUCCGAUUUUCAAGAACAACAUGACGGAUUCGUUCUCACGUAUGAGGUCGUGGACGAUAUACUUGGAUCACGGAUAGUAUGGACGGAAGUACAUCCGGACACCGAGAUGGUCCGGUUAUCCAGUCUCGGUGCUGAUCCGCUCAACAUGGUUACACCCGAAGGAACUCUCCAAUCGACAAUCACCACCGAUAUCCACUAUCGAGUGUCCCGGGGGUCCUGGGGUGCAGUGGCCAUCAACUAUGGCCAACAGCACAUCUUCUGGAGCGACCGAGGGCUGAAAAGAAUCAUUGCUGGGAGAAUUGGAGAAAAUUCUCGGGCUGGGCCGUUUUUCCAAGGCACCUCCGAUUCCGUCAAUGGAAUCGCCGUCGACUGGCUGACGGGUAACGUAUACUGGACCGAUGCUGUAUACGACUGGAUCCUGUUACAUAGUUCGGAUGGAUCUCGGUACGAUAUCGUGGUCGAUGAGGGACUAGAUCAACCAGGAGGCAUAGCGGUCCAUCCUAUCAGAAGCUUCCUAUUCUGGACGGAUGCUGGAGACGAACCUAAAGUUGAGCGCAGUGAUCUUGCCGGUGGUAAUCGAAUAAAACUGGCCACUACCGACGUGGUCACUCCACGCGGAAUCACAUUGGACUUCGACACUGACCUGGUGUAUUGGGUGGAUUCCGACCCGUCUGGCAACCGUGUCGAGGUAUGUGAUAUCCUUGGUGCAAACAGACGACAACUGUACCGUACACCUGCCUACGAGGGUUUCUUCGAUCUAACUAUCUUUACGAACUUUAUAUACGUUACCGGAGAAAAUACGAGCACCCUACACUUGUUGACGAAGGACACUGGCCAGUUUGUUUUCAGCCUUAAUCUUCCAAACAGACCUUAUGGCAUCGUCACUUUCGCUCCCGAUACACAACCACUAGCAGUGUCCCAUUGUAGCAGUAACCCAUGUAGCUACCUGUGUGUCGGUGGUGGGCCUAACGGAUUCACGUGCCUCUGCGGAACUGGAAGACUCCUAGCUGCAGACGGAAGAACUUGCAGGGAUGAAAGAGCCAUCAGUCCACCCCAGCUCUUUGUUGCCUCUCGAACCAAGCUUUCCAUGUACCCGAGUAAUUUUCCCGACAUUACCAUCCCUGAUGAUUUCAACAUCACGAACAUGUUAGUAAACCGAAAUCACGCCGUCGCGCUCGCCGUUGACCUCGAAGACGGCUUGGUGUUCUACAGCGAUGUUGCAUCAAAGGCCAUCGGAAUGGCAAGCUUGAGGGUGGGCUCGACUGUCCGCUACAUCACGGGAGCGACCGGCUCAGUCGAAGGCAUGGCUGUUGACUGGUUGACGAAGCAUCUAUACUGGACAGAUAAUCCUCGUGGAACCAUCGAAGUAUCUCGCUACGACGGAUCUUACAGGACAACUCUUCUUAAAGACAAGGUACUCAGACCACGAAGUAUUGCCAUCGAUCCUGCCAAAAAAGUCAUGUUUUGGACAGAGUUUGGACCGCCUACUCAGAUUGAACGAGCCUCUUUGGACGGUACAGGAAGGAUGGAAAUUAUCGGUCCCACUCAAGGGGUAGGCCAAAUGAGUGGUCUUGUCAUUGACUACAAAGAAAAAAGACUUUACUUUGCCGACAUCGCUCGAGGGAUUAUCAGCAGUGUUGACUAUGACGGUGGAGGAAUUAGACAGGUCAUUUCCAAACCAAACUCGUUAUUUUUCGAGGUCACCCUUUACAAGGAUUACAUCAUGUGGACUGAACUUGGACCGAAUCAGGGAAUAUUCAUAAGCAACAAGGAGACUGGUGAAGCAGUGAGAGCAUUUCCAAUGACAGAAGAGGUGUAUGGUAUCACCAUGUAUGCGGAUACAAGGCAGAAAAUAAUUCACAAUCCAUGCAGAUCUUACAAUGGUGGAUGUCAACAGCUAUGUCUAAACUCUUACGAGCAGACGAAUGGAUAUGUUUGCCACUGCUCAAUGGGCUACUAUUUAGCAGACAAUGGCAGGGACUGUCACUCAGAUUUGGUAGAUCAUGAUUUCCUCCUUGUAACGGACACGUAUCAUCGGGGUAUCUACCAAGUUGAUCUCUACUCAAACUUUAAACCGGAAGCACUACGAUUGAAUGGGGUCAAAAAUCCCAUCGGUAUUAGCUUCGAUCCCGUGGAAAGGAUGGUGUACUGGACAGACGUCGAAAAGCGGGAAGUAAACCGCGCGUCUCUAGAUGGUAGCCGACAAGACACUAUAGCCAUAGAAAACAUCGGACAACCAGACGGCAUUGCAGUGGAUUCCAUCUCGAAGCUGGUGUAUUGGUCGGAUCUUGCAACACGUUCUAUAUCUGUAUCUACCCUUGAUGGCUCAGACCGUAAAACGCUGGUUACAAACAUCGCUAAACCCAGAGCAAUCGUUCUGCAUCCUGUUGAAGGGAUAAUGUUUUGGAGCGACUGGCGGAGUAGUACUGUGAUUGAACGGUCGUACAUGGACGGUGACAUGCGCAGAGUCAUCAUAAACACAGGCUUAAGAUGGACUAAUGGGUUAGCCAUUGACUUUGAAGAAAAUCGUCUCUACUGGUGUGAUGGUGGUCUAGAUGUGAUUGAGUCUAGUGACUUCUCCGGUCGUGACCGCCGCGUCGUUCUCAACCUCGGUGACGGACGUCACGCCUUCGGAAUAUCGGUCAUCGAUCAGUCGGUCUACUGGACGGACUGGAUGGUCAAGGGUUUGCUGAAGGCGGACAAACUAACCGGACAGAAUAACGUGGUGCUUGGUAAAAGAGACUUUACGAGACCAAACGCCCUCUUUGCGGUCACCAACGCGUCUCUUCCAUCAGGAAUCAAUUCAUGUUCUGAGAACAACGGAGGCUGUUCAACUCUCUGCUUGCCGACAGCCAUUGGUAGAUCAUGCGCUUGCGCAGAUGGAGUAGAUUUGGCACAAGAUGGUGUAACAUGCGUCUCAGAACUGGACAUUCAGUGUCCACUAGACUUCAUAUAUGGAGGCGUAGAGGAGUCAUGUGACAGAUCAGCCGGAAGUACUUGCUCGGUCAUAUGUUACUCAGGUCUCGUUCCGGCCGUGGAUUACGUCAUCUGCCAGAACUCGGGAAGCUGGGACAUACCACGAAGUGCUAUUUGCAGAGAGGAGCAAUGCGAGGCAUUGGAUGUGCCAAACCACGCCAUAUUCUCAGGGCCAUGCAACCCACCGUACGAUCAGGGCAAGCUGUGUAUCUUAGAAUGUGAACCCGGCUACGUCAGAACGAGCGGGAAACCAAGACGAGUUUGCGCGCACGGUGGAGAAUGGCUUGGGACACCAAUCGUCUGCGAAGAAAUGGUAGAACCGCCGCCCGAGGGUGAAUGUAGCAGUGAACUGGCCUUCCAGGAGACCCCCGAAGACUACUCACCCGUACAGGACGACCUGGUCCAACAAUCCUGCACUACCAACUCACCGCAGGCCGAUAUCACGUGGUACAAAGAUGGCGUCCGACUCAUGACAGGUUCUGUUAACGGAAUCUACAUACUCCCUUCUAAUGACCUCCUUAUUCCUGGUUUUGACACUCAUCACCAAGGUCACUACGCAUGCGUGGCUUCCUUUUCAGGUCGAGAAUGCUUAAGAGUGGAGGUUGACUUUGCUUUCGAUCCAUACCGCCAUUUUGAAGCCGUUCCCGCCAACGCGUCCUUGGACGUUGGUGAUCACCAUCUGUUUGAAUGUCAAGCCCAGUCAGCCAUUGACUCCGUCACCUGGUGGAAGGAUGGUUCAAGAGUCCAUCAAACAGACCAAAUCAUUCUGAUUUCAGGAGGAAGCCUUCUGAUAAGGAACCUUGUUCGUCAAGACUCGGGCAAGUACACAUGUAUCGUAUCCGACCAACGGGGCAAUCAAAGGGGAAAGGCUUAUGCCUGGCUCACCGUAGCAGAUACAAUGAACCCGCCCACCAUUAACAUAACAGAAGUUUGUGGGACAGUCACAUCCCCUGAAGCCACAAUGUUCACCACCCCGGGACCCAGGGAUGGUAGAGUGGUAGGUGGGCAGCAGUCCCUCCCUGGCUCUGCUCCUUAUAUGGGUCGUAUUUGGCACAAAGCAGACCGAACUUUCGUAUGCGGCGCCACACUGCUGAACCAGCGAUGGGUCAUUACUGCAGCCCAUUGCAUCGUCCUCUACCAGCUCCAAUUUCGUGACAUUCUUCUCUACUUCGGCGACCACGACACCCUGACGAGCGAAGACCAUCAGGUCAUUGCCGAGGUCGACCAGAUCAUCCAGCACGAAGACUUCGACGAAGAAAGCUUUGACAAGGACAUCGCUCUCAUCCGCCUCAAGCAACCUUUUGCGGAAUUCACGGACUACAUUCGCCCGAUAUGCAUUCCACCUGCCUGGUUGGCUAAAAUGCUACUGCAGCCCGACAUGAUGGGAAGAGUAACGGGUUGGGGGCAGAUCGCAGAGGGCGGGCCAUACCCAAGGUAUCUUACAGAGGUUGACCUGCCAGUCGUUAAAAGCAAGAAGUGUAAAGAUGCCACCACUUUUGAGGUGACGAGGUACAUGUUCUGCGCGGGGUACGCCAGUGCUGAGGAGAAGAAAGAUGCGUGCCAGGGGGACAGUGGUGGACCCUUUGCCAUGCUUCAUGAAAACAGGUGGUAUCAGCUAGGGAUAGUGAGCUGGGGAGAAGGUUGUGCAAGGGAUAGCAAGUACGGCUAUUACACCAAGAUCUUACGACUCCACUCUUGGAUUGACAGGAACAUCUCAGAUUAGUCCUAUCAUAAUCCAGCAUGUCUUGCCACUAUAAUUUUGUGUCACAUCGUUUAUUCGACGGGAAUGUGUGAGAUGUUGAACAGAAAAGCGUUGAUGCCUGUAAACGUGAGAUCAUAAUCAUGCAUUAAAUAUAGUCAUUAUAAAACACAUGUAAACAUUUUAAAUAAAAUAGUAAAGAAAUGAGACAAUUAACAUGAGAUGAAAUAGUUGUUUCACCUUUACAUAGAAAGACGUGCUCUUUUACCAUUUUAACUGUUACAGUACGAUAAUGUUUCAUGUAGACAUACGUUUAUGCUGCUAUAGUUGCUGUACUUCAAAAUAUAUUUUCUAGAAACUUUAAACUAUUGUGCACUUCAAAGACUACUUAUUGUUUCUUUUAAUAGAAAUUUAAAAAAGGGCGGCUCUGCAGAGGCUUGGUUUAUGUACGAAAGGAAAGUGAAUACUGGAGGUAGUCUCGUGGCUUAUUAUUUUUAUCAGGAAGGUAUCGUUAUCUUAAUUGCAUCGUUCUUCCCAGGUUUAUAAAUAGUUAGGCGAACGAGUACAAUCGUCAUACAUAUAUAUUUGAUUGUGCGUAUGUGCAAGAACCCCCUCCCCCAUGAAGUAAAGAGAGAGUGUGCACACUGCCACACUGACUGGGGAAAUAACUGCAAUGUAAAGCGCCUUUAGGACAGUUAUUAGGCGCUUUUCAGUGUUUUUGAUUAAAUCAACCACUUAAAAACUAUUUUUUUUAGAUAUCUCAUUAUGAUAAUUUGUAGAUAUAAUAAGAAUAAGAAACUGUUAUAUCUGUUUCAUAAAUGGGAAAGGUGAAAACUAGUCAUGAAAAGUUCUUGGUUCACCGUAUAAUUUGGAUACGACUGAGUGUGACUGAUUCUACAUCAACAUAGGCCUCAUACUAUUACAAUCAUCAACAGAUAUUAGAAGAACGUCUUAUAUCGAAGUAAAUAUUGAAUCAUCUAUUACUGUAUAUUUAUCAAUUUGUUGAUGAUAGGAUGUCCUUUCAUUUUGAGCUCAGACCAUGAUUGUUGAAUUAAAUCCGGUUUUGUAAUUUCGAUACAAUUCUACGAACCAUGCUCAAGCAAAAUGUUCCAUGGUCAAUUCUGUUACAUUGAUCGAAAUCAUGGUCAGGCGUAGAUUAUUAUAUUACCUCCUUUCACUCUAGUCUUUUCUUUCUAUUCUUCCACUCCAAUUUCUCCUUUUCUUAAUCUUUUUUUUUAUUUCUACAUGAGAUUUCACACCUAUUAUCGCGUUAUGAUAUUAUUACCUUUGAUCGAUCUUCCAAUUAUUCUUUUAAUGAUGUCUCAUUGAAUCCUGUUUGUGAUGAUACUUUACAAUCUUCAUUUUGUAAUAUGAUAGUUUGAUGGAUAUCAGAAGUAAUAAAUCGUUAUGUUUUCAAUCUUGA